AUGGUACAGCUCCAUGUGCACCACAACCACGCACCAGAGCCGUGUGCUGAAUGCAGGCAGAGCUCAGCCCUCAGUGCAACACCUGCACGGCAGCACAAGGAUGUGAUGCCCCAUCACUGCCUGCAGUGCGGAGCUGCAUUCCGGCUGCAUUCGGCACUGCUGCUUCACCAGAAAAGCCACACGGUGCUGCGGCCGCACACCUGCAGCGACUGUGGGAAGGCAUUCCGUGAAGCCGCCACGCUGCGCCGGCACCGCCGCAUCCACACUGAGGAAAAGCUGUACAGCUGCCAAUACUGCGGGAAGAGCUUCCGCGCCAGCUCCACGCUCAUCAUCCACCAGCGCAUCCACACCGGCGAGAAGCCGUACCUGUGUGGCAGCUGCACCAAGUGCUUCAUUUCUGGCUUGUUGCUCAUGAAGCACCACCUCAUGCACCAGCGCCAGACACUGUGA